AUGGUGCAGGCCUGGUACAUGGACGAGAGUGCGGACGACCAGCGCGCCCCGCACCGCCUGCGCCCCAACCGCGCCGUGGGCCUGGAGCAGCUGCGCCGCCUCGGCGUGCGCUACCGACAGCUGGAUGCUGAUAACUAUGAGACAGAUCCACGUCUGAAAGAGAUUCGGGAAGCAGAAAAUUAUUCUUGGAUGGAUAUAAUAACUAUACAAAAAGACAAGCUUCCGAAUUACGAAGAAAAGAUAAAAACAUUUUAUGAAGAACAUUUGCACUUAGAUGACGAAAUUCGCUACAUCUUAGAUGGAUCUGGCUAUUUUGAUGUUCGAGACAAGGAUGACAAGUGGAUUCGGAUUUUCAUGGAAAAAGGAGAUAUGAUAACCCUCCCUGCUGGCAUAUAUCACCGAUUCACCCUGGAUGAGAAUGAUUACGUGAAGGCCAUGAGGCUGUUUGUUGGAGAGCCAGUCUGGACAGCCUACAACCGGCCAGCCGAUCAUUUUCCUGCUCGGAAGCAGUACAUGAAGUUCUUGGCUGAAGAAGCACAGUAAUGGUCUCUGAGAGCUGAGAAGGGCAACAGCCUGAAGCUCUAUCGGAAUAAAUGUAAAUGGUGGUUUUUUUCACUGUUUGCACUUGCAUAUACUGAAUCAUAGCAAUGCAGAAUCAGAGAAAAAAUUAGGUUGAAAAAUCACAUGGAGAUCAUCUAGUCCAAUCAUCUGCUCAGUGUAGGGGCAACUUCCAAGUUUGAGCAGGUUCCUCAAGGCCUUGUCUAGUUGAGUUUUGAAAGCCUCUGGUUGUGCAGAUUGCACAGCUUCUCUGGACACCCACUUUGGUGCUUAACCAAAGGCAAGGUUUAUUUUCCUCAUGCCCAAUGUGAACUCCCUUGCUGCAACCUGUGGUUGCUGCCUCUUGCCCUUUCACUGAAUGCCUGAGAAGAGACUCUGUGUCCUCAUUUCCUCGAGAAGGAGACUGCACUUCGGUCCCUUCUUGCCUCUCCUCUCCAGGCCAGACAAAUCCUUACCUGAACUAUCUCCAGUUUAGCUAAUGGAGAUGUUAUUGGUCCCAUUUUUGAUCCCUGAGGAACGCUGCUCAUAACCAGGUUAGAGCUAGACUUGAACCACUGACUAAUUAGCAGCUUGAUGAGUGAAAACUAGCAGUUUUUCAUCCUUUUGGAGUUGACUCCAGCCUGGCUAGAAGGCUGUUCUGGGGCUCUCCAAAGCCUCACUACAGGCAAGGUAAAAGCAGGACUGACCAGCCUGGGGUUCCUCUUUUUGCCGUUCUUGACAAUUUAACAUUUGCCUUUUUUGCAGUUACUCAGAUGUUUCCUCAUCACUGUGACCUUUCAAAGAUCCUAGCAGCCUUACAUUAGCCAGUUGUGUUUACACUUGCUUAAGAAUCCAUUUUUUAUCCUUUUAUUUUUCUUUCUUGAUAUUUCUGGCAGGUAAAAUGGGGAGAGAUGGGCUAUAUUAAUAUUCAUUCUGCUCUGAAUCCAUGCUAAUGAAGUACGCAGGACUCUUGUUUUAAUUAAAGAAAAUAAACUCUCCUUCAUUUUUGUCUAAAAAUGUUCACAAGACAAAUUU